UCACUGUUUCUAAUUCCGCAAGACGCAUUCAUGGGAUUUCAAGGUUACCAUUCGAGUUGGGCAGUCUGGGAUCGUUGAUGCCUUCAGCGCGCCUGAGGGCCAUCUUGUCAGUGGAAUCUGGAGGAUUUAAUGUCGUUUCUAACAAGAUUCCAGGACACUACAGCUGUUGUGUCAUUCUCCAUCAGGCUCGUUUCUCAAGCAGUGGAGAGAAGGACGGAGAUGAUGGUAAUAAAGGUCCAACUUCCUCGAGUUCCUGGAGAUUCUCGCCAGAUGGUCAAGAUGACGAGGGCUCGAUCUUUGGCAAUGAAGACAGUAACGGUAAUCUGUCUGGGAUUACAUACAGCAAUGGCAUCCUUGAUGAGAGUAUCCCUGCUGGGGGAGCUGAAGCUAGCGACGAGUCUUGGUUGAAAGAUCCGACUGAGAAAGGUAAUAUUUUUGAGGAGAUCGACAAGGAGUUUGGUUUGAAGAAGGGUGGCGUAAGUGAUGAAUGGGCAACUGCUGAGGGUUAUGUUCCCUGGAAUUUUGUUGAUGAAAGUAAAGAAGAGGUUUUUGACAUUGAACAGAGCGUUGAGGGGCUUUCAGGUAUUGGAGAUGAGAAGCUGGAGACGGAAAGCAGUGAGGAGGAUAAGCAGCUGGAGCGGGAAGAACAAGAACUUUCUGUGCAAUUGAAAGGUCCAAACCGUGCAUUUGGAGACCUUAUUGCAGCAUCAGGGAUAACUGAAGCAAUGUUGGACAGUUUGAUAGCCCUGAAGGACUUUGAAGGUGUUGAGGGGUUGCCUCCUCUGAGAGAAAUAGAAGAUAUACGUUUGGAGAAGAAUGAGAGAAAAUCUACAAGGGCUGAAAUUGAGCGCAAGAAACAAGAGGAAGUUGCAAAAUCACGAGUGAGGCAAGUUGAUGAAAAAGGAAGGGCUUAUGGAACAGGAAGAAGGAAAUGCAGUAUUGCUCGUGUUUGGAUUCAACCUGGUGAUGGAAAAUUCAUUAUCAAUGAUAAAUACUUUGAUGUGUACUUCCCACUUCUUGAUCAUCGUGCUGAUCUCCUUAGGCCAUUUGCUGAGACAAAAACCUUGGGUCUUUGGGAUGUCAAUUGCACAGUGAAAGGAGGUGGCAUCUCAGGACAAGUUGGAGCAAUUCGCCUAGGGGUCAGCAGAGCCUUGGAAAAUUGGGAACCUGAUUUACGUCCGUACCUAAGAUCAGAAGGGUUUUUAACAAGGGACCCUCGUGUGGUGGAGAGGAAGAAGCCUGGAAAAGCAAAAGCAAGGAAGAGCUUCCAGUGGGUCAAGCGAUGAGCAAAUUGUCUUUGUUAUUACAUUGUAGCUGGUUUUUAGUUUUUUCAUUCAAUUUCCUUUUGCCAUAAAAAUAUUGUUGAGGUUUAUUCCUUCCCAUUUUCAGCAUUGCCAGUUUUGUCUGAAAGAUCUAGAUAUUGCCUUAAUCUACUGAGCUUCAGUUUGUUUGGAUAUCAAUCAUCCUUUCUGUUUGUAAUGUAAACUCUAAUUUAUAACACAUGCCCCAUGGCCAUGAAGAUAAUUCAGAUUGGCCAUGUCUGAGCAUUUUACGACUGAAUAUUUUGAGGAAGCCAAUAAUGUAGUGGUUGCAAUAUAUUGUUGGCUGUAUUAUUUCUC